GAAAGGCUGGGGCUUCAUAAUCACUCUAUAGCUGGCAGCACAAGAAUCCCACAUUCUCAUUCCCUUAACUUAGCCAGUGCCACUCAUAAAAAGCCAGUUUUUCUGUGCUUCCUAAAUCCUACUACUCCUACUACACCUUCACAAAUCCCAAGAAGAAUGAAACAGGGAAGAACCUCUUCUGGCCCCAUCUUCUCAUGUCUUCUUCUUUUCUUCUGUCUCUCAGGAUCUGCUCAGGCUUACAAGAAUUACACAGUGGGAGACUCUUUAGGCUGGUUUGACAACACUGAGAAAUCCAGUGUCAAUUACCAGAAGUGGGCUGACAGUAAAGAAUUCAGUUUGGGAGAUUUCCUCGUUUUCAACACUGAUACUAACCACUCUGUGGUUCAGACAUACAAUGUCACCACAUACAAACUAUGUGACUACGAUGAUGCACAAGACAAGGACACAACACAAUGGUCAGCAUCUGAUCCAUCCAACACCCAGACACACCCUGUGACAGUGGCUGUUCCUUUGGUGAAGGAAGGGAUGACGUACUUCUUUUCAGGUGACUAUGAUGGUGACCAAUGCAAGAGUGGACAACACUUCAAAAUUAAUGUGACACAUGGACAAGGGUUGCCCAAGAGUCUCAGAACUUCACCAGAAGAUGCACCUUCUCCUGCUAGCCCUGUUGCUGGAGACGAUGAUUCAGCACCAGACACCAUUGUCCCCUCCAAUUUCAGCCACCCCAAGGAAGAAAGUGAUGAUGAAGAUGACAAAGCUAGUGACAACAAACAACAUUCUAGUUCUGUUUCAGUCUCAAUGUGUGCACAACUUUACAUUGUCUUGUUAGGGAUACUUUUCUUGUUUUAAUUAAGGAGAUGAGAUUUAUUUUGUAUUUUUUUUAACUAUAGAUGCCUAUUAUUUUAUCUAUUUUUUUCAUUGGGUGUGAGUGAGAGUGGGGGAUUUUGAGAUAUUGAAUUGUGAGCUAGGAUAUUAGAUAUACCAUAUAUUAUUAUUGUAAACUAAAAUAAUGUAAUGAUUACACAUCCUUUUAUAUGAGUUGCUAUUUAGAUCAUA